GCCAGCCGCGCAGUAAGCGAAAUCGUGAAGACGACGCUGGGCCCCAUGGCUAUGUUAAAGAUGAUGCUGGACCCGUUAGGAGGGAUAGUAAUAACAAACGAUGGAAAUUCCAUUCUUAGAGAAAUUGACGUAGCACAUCCUGCAGCCAAAUCACUUAUUGAGUUAAGUAGAUCGCAAGAUGAAGAAGUAGGAGAUGGUACAACAUCAGUGGUUAUACUUUCUGGAGAGUUACUCAGCAUAGCAGAAUUAUUUCUGAAGCAAAAAAUACACCCAACGAUAAUAGUUAAUUGCUAUAUGGAUUCUUUAAACAAAAUUGUGAACUUUUUAGAAUCCAUAGCCAUCGAGAUAGAUGUAAAUAAUGAAGAGAGUUUACUUAAAGCAAUCGAUUCAUGUUUAAGUACCAAAUUUGUGAACAGGUAUAAUAAAAUGGUGAGUACUUUAGCUCUCCAAGCAGUACAGUGUGUAAAAAUAGAAUCUAAUGUCAUAGGAAAAAAAGAAAUCGAUAUUAAGAGAUUUGCAAAAGUAGAAAAAAUCCCAGGAGGGGAUAUCACAGAUAGCUAUGUACUCAAAGGAGUUAUGCUGAAUAAAGAUAUUGUACAUCCAAAAAUGAGGAGAAGAAUUAAGAACCCAAGAAUCCUUCUUCUAGAUUGUACCUUAGAAUAUAAAAAAGCAGAAAGUCAAACGAAUGUUGAAAUUCUUGAUGAAGAGACUUGGAAUCAACUACUCCUACAGGAAGAAAUAGAAGUGAAAAAAUUAUGUGAACAUAUUAUCGAUAGUAGAUGUGAUAUCGUUGUUACAGAAAAAGGAGUAUCUGAUCUAGCACAACAUUUCCUUGUUAAAAAAAAUAUUACCGUUAUUAGAAGAGUGAGAAAAACGGAUCUUAAUAGAUUAGAAAGAAUCAGUGGUGCUACCAUUGUUAAUAGAUGUGACGAGAUUGUGGAGAGUGAUAUCGGAACCAAAUGUGGAUUGUUUGAAGUUAAAAAAAUUGGAGAUGAUUAUUACUCCCAUUUUAUAGAAUGUGAAAAUCCACGAGCAUGUACCAUUUUAUUGAGAGGAUCAACAAAGGAUGUACUUAACGAAGUGGAGAGGAACCUGCACGACGGAAUGAAUGUCGCAAAGAAUAUCAUUAUGGAAGGGAAGCUACUUUAUGGGGGUGGGUGCACGGAGAUGAGGGUAGGACAAUACCUCAUGAGCCAAGCUAGCCAAUAUGAUGAUUCUAGAAAAAGCAUAAUGGAAGCUGUGGGUUCUGCUCUCGAAAUUAUUCCUAAAAUUUUGGCUCAGAACAGCGGAGCCAAUGUUGUAAAAACGAUUAACGAGCUGAGGAUAAGACACGAGACCCCUGGGGGAGAAAAAUUCGGAGUGGAUGGCAUCACUGGGGAGAUCAUCGACGUGUCCACGGAGAACAUUUGGGACCUGCUCGCUGUUAAGAAGCAGAUAUACAAGAGUGCCAUCGAGGCCGCGGCCAUGAUUCUGCGCAUCGACGACGUGGUCAGCGGCAUCGGCAAGGAGGACAAGCUGCAGAAGCCCGUGCAGAGCGAGUUCGAGUAG